GGAGCUCCGCGCCUCGCCCUGGGUGUGGGGUGUCGCUGGCGGGGACCUCGGACCCGCAGUGGCCAGAGCGCGGAGCAGGCGAUACGACGGGCCGACAGGUGGCGGGUCUGGCCCUAGUACCUCCACCGCCUCCAGCACGGACCCCGGUGGGGACGGGGCGGGCUGGCCAACUUGGGGGUGGGGUCAGUCCUCUCUCCUCCCUUCGAGGGGCGGCGAUCGUCGGGGCCCUCAUUGUAGACCAGCUGGCUGCUGGGGGAGCGGCGGCCGCCAAGCUCCUGGAGGUCGUUCCCUGGCAUCCUCGCGGACGGAGGAAGGAAGAGGCGGCAGCGGCGGGAGCCCUGGUGGGCGGCCUGAGGUGAGAACCCGGCCAGCCCCGCUGGGAAUAUGGCGACCGGUGGCUACCGGACCAGCAGCGGCCUCGGCAGCAGCACCACAGACUUCCUGGAGGAGUGGAAGGCGAAACGCGAGAAGAUGCGCGCCAAGCAGAACCCCCCGGGCCCCGCCGCCCCGGGAGGGGGCAGCAGCGACGCCGCCGGGAAGCCCCCCGCGGGGGCGCUGGCCACCUCGGCGGCCGCCGCUGCCAACGAGCUCAACAACAACCUCCCUGGCGGCGCGCCGGCCGCACCUGCCGCCCCCGGGCCCGGGGGCGUGAACUGCGCGGUCGGCUCCGCCAUGCUGACCCGGGCGGCUCCCGGCCCGCGGCGGUCGGAGGACGAGCCCCCAGCCGCCUCUUCCUCUGCUGCAUUGCCGCCCCGGCGUGACGAGGAGGAGCGGGACGGCGCCCCAGAGAAGGGCAAGAGCUCGGGCCCUAGUGCCAGGAAAGGCAAAGGGCAGAUCGAGAAGAGGAAACUGCGGGAGAAGCGGCGCUCCACCGGCGUGGUCAACAUCCCCGCCGCAGAGUGCUUAGAUGAGUAUGAAGAUGAUGAAGCAGGGCAGAAAGAGCGGAAACGAGAAGAUGCAAUUACACAACAGAACACUAUGCAGAAUGAAGCUGUAAACUUACUAGAUCCAGGCAGUUCCUAUCUGCUACAGGACCCAUCUAGAACAGUUUCAGGCAGAUAUAAAAGCACAACCAGUGUCUCUGAAGAAGAAGUCUCAAGUAGAUAUCCUCGAACAGAUAGAAGUGGGUUCCCUAGAUAUAACAGGGAUGCAAAUAUUUCAGGUAAUCUGGUUUCGAGUAACACAUUGGAAAAGAAAAUUGAAGAUCUUGAAAAGGAAGUAGUAAGAGAAAGACAAGAAAACCUAAGACUUGUGAGACUGAUGCAAGAUAAAGAGGAAAUGAUUGGAAAACUGAAAGAAGAAAUUGAUUUAUUAAAUAGAGACCUAGAUGACAUAGAAGAUGAAAAUGAACAACUAAAGCAGGAAAAUAAAACUCUUUUGAAAGUUGUUGGUCAGCUGACAAGGUAGAAGAUUCAAGACCCAAUGUUGAAAAAAUAUUUUAAACUACUGAAUGUUAUGGUCAAUGCUAGAACAAUAUUCCUAUGCUGCAAUACAUUAAAAUAACUAAGCAUGUAUAUUUAUUUCUAGAAAACGGUCGUUUAUUUUCAAAAUACUUCUCUAUCAUUAUUGGGUUCAAAAAAGCAUUAACCUUUUAUCUCACAAAUAAGUAAUAUCUUUCAGUUAUUAAAUGAUAGAUAAUGCCUUUUUGGUUUUGUGUGCUAUUCAACUAAUAUAUGGUUUAAAGUCACAGGCUUUUGAAUAUUUUAUCUUUGGUAGUACAUUUUCUCCCUAAAGGAAUAUACAUAGUCGUUGUUUACAUGAGUUCAAAUACUUUUGGGAUGUUACUUAACAAAUGCCUUAUUACUGAUGUGUGCAACCUUUUAUGUGUUGAUAACUCACUCAUAAAGGUUUUUGUCUACUGUCAUUUGUUCUUUCCACAUAUUCUAAGCAAUUUAGAGUAAUAUAGUCAUACUUUUGUAUAACAGUAACCUUUUAAAAGCAAAGCUCUUAUAAAGUCACUGUCAUGUUCUAGUUGACUAAAUAUAAAUUUAAGGGAAUACUUGAAUUAUGCUAUAGUAAAUCAAAAUUUACUAUUGUGUUUGAACUUUAACUCCUGAAAAACAUACAAUUGUAAUUUUAAUGUAAAAUUUUGUAUGUAGGUACUACCUUUUUUUAUUUUUCCAAGGUUUGCUAGUGAACAUAGGAUAUUUUAAAAGUUACUCUUCAAACCUAGAAAGUGUACAAAGUCCGUGUAAAAGAAAAAUCCAUGUUUUUAUAUUAGCAUAUGCAUUAAAAUCAAAACCAAAAUGUUAUUCAUACUUAAAACAUUUAUACAAAACAGUAUGUAAGCAGAAAUAGUACUAACAUACUUUGCCUAAUUUCCAAGCUGAAGAAUAACACUGUGACACAGUUUUUCCCUGUGAGAGAAUAUUCUCCUAUUCAAAUUUAGAGGAUUUUCUUCCUAACAUUGAAAUUUUUAAAACAGAAUUACUUCUAAAGAAUUAUACAAAUUUUCUCUUCUAUUUAAUAUUAUUAUUUAGAAUUGUUUUAUAUUACAUUUUCAUGUUAAGAACCCCCUCCUCCCUUAAAAUACAUGAUGAACAUUAUGAAAUUUUUGCCUGAUGAUUGAAUUUCAAACAGCAGUAUGAUACCCUUUUAUCUAGUUAGUAUAUGAAAGUGGCUUGAAUAUAGUCAGAUCCAGUUUGGAUACUCUACUGACUUUUUCCUUCACUUGCCAAGCUCUUUUAUUAUUCACCUUUAGAAAAACAGAGAAGGUGAAACAGCUGGGGGGAAAUGUGCAGUAAAUGAUAAAUAGCAGAUGUUGAAUUCUAAAAGCCUCUACAUUUACCUGGACUGGCUCUCGGUCUUCCCCAGUUCAGAAGUUUCGAGCUUGGCUGAUCAUCAGAAUCACCUGAGAAACUUACAAAGAAUUCCUUGGCUGUAGUUCCUAUAUAAGUUUAGGUUGGGACUCUGGACUCCACAAUUUUUAAAGGUUAUCAUCUGAGGUUUCUGAUCAUAGCCUAGUUUUGAAGCAGCUGCUGUUCUAUCUUUAUUUCAUUGAAAACUGAGUAUGUAUCUUUAUGUCAUUGAAUUGACAUAAUUUUAUCUACCAACAUUUCCCCCCUUUUAGUUUAAUAAUUAACCUGGUCUCCAGGGUGGUUUUCAUAUGUCCAUGUAUAUAUAUGUAUUCACUGCUCAUGAAAAAGUUUAAUGUUAGAUUACCUAAUUUAAUAUAGUUGCAGAAUUAAUGCAUAAGGGCUUCCCUUCUUGGAGACUCUUAUGCAGCAUGGGAACAGUGAUCUGCUGCCCACAUGACAUGGUGGUAUGCCAGGCACAGUUACUGCCUUUGGUUGUACUCAUCUUUAAUUGCCCUUAGUUAUGUGGCAUACAUGUCCUUAUUGCCUAGUUCCUCAUCCAUACUUUGGAUCUUGUGAAAAUGCUGUCAGUAUCCAACCCUAAAAUAUAUUAGUAUAUGGGUUUUUAUUAAAAUAAUUACUUUGAAUUUUCUACUUAAUUCAUAAAAACAUUAAAUGAAAACAUUUCACUUCACUUUAAAAAUGUUAUAUCAGUUAUUAAUAUUUUUAAAGACAGCUGUUAAAAAAUUUUUUCUUUCAGUUUUUGGGGAACAUUUCUAGUAGUGAUUUUUUUGGGCUUUUUAACAUAAAUGAUAGUGAGUAUAAAGACAGGAUCCUUACAAUUUAGGCAAAGCAUUUCACAUGCAGUCUUUCUCCCAUCUCUUUAAAAUAUGUAUUUAUUUUACAUACAGAUUUUUACACUAACUAUUGAAAAUGAAAUAGGAUCUGCUUCAGUUUCCCCUGAAAAUUUGUUAAAAGUGUCGAGAUUGUUAGAAGGUAGUUUUUAAGUACAUAUGCACUACCCUAGACAACUUGCCUAUUGUCAAUAAAGUGAUAGUAUUUGUGAAGUUAUUAUUACUAUUCAGAAAUACUAUUUCUUAAAUCUCCUGGGAAUUUGUGACAUAAUAAAGCACAUCCAAAGUUCUAAUGUGUCUAUGAGAUCAUUUUCAAAAUAGUAAGUUUGUCAUCUUUAAAAUGAACAUGACUUGCUUCCUCGAUUUCUGAAAUGCAUUAAUUGAAAAUUGCUAUAGAAAUCUUUAUUUCAUCUUUCUAGAGUUGGUAAUUUUAUUAUACAACAGUUACCAUUAGAUAAGGGGGGAAGGGCUUUUGGGUGUGUAUUUCUAGGUACUAAGGGAUUUACUAAAUAUUAUAGAUUAGCACUGUCACACUUGUUCAAGUAGUUUCAAACAUAGAAAAUUAAGUAUCAGAGGCAGGUAUAUGGAGCAUGUAGUUUUUUUUUUCUUCAAUUUUUAAAAUUUUAAAUUGUGGUAGAAGCAAUGUAUUCUUAGGGUACAAAACCUACCUCAGUUAUAUGUGGUUUAUGUUUUCUGGAUUAAUCUGGAUUUUAUAAUUCGAAAGAAAAAUGUAAUAUUUUGAGUCCAAUUAAUAAUUUGGUGAAAAUAAUACAAGUCAGUUUAAUAGAAAACCAUUCAUAUAUUCAACACUGUAAGACAAAAUAGCAGAGACCUUGAAUUUGAUAAUUGAUCUGAUAUCCUAGACAUAUUCAUAUGUACAGUGAUAGUUAUCUUUCUCUGGGUUUUUUUUUUUUUUUUUUUUUUGAGACAGAGUUUUGUUCUUGUUGCCCAGGCUAGAGUGCAAUGGCACGAUCUCAGCUCACUGCAACCUCUGCCUCGCAGGUUCAAGCGAUUCUCCUGCCUCAGCCUCCCAAGUUGCUGGGAUUACACGCAUGCGCCACCACACCUGGCUAAGUUUGUAUUUUUAGCAGAGAUGGGCUUUUACCAUGUUGGUCAGGCUGGUCUCAAAUCCUGACCUCAUGAUCCGCCCACCUCUGCCUCCCAAAGUGCUGGGAUUGUAGGUGUGAGCCACCUUGCUCAGUCUCUUUGGAGUUUUCUUUGUGCAUGUGUAUGUAGUUUUAUGGUUCUGAGUUGGUGACCAGUAAGUUCCAUGUAGUGCUGGCACUUAUUUAAUAACUAUUCAUGAUUUUGUUACCUUGUUAUAGGGUUUGGGCAUAUAUUUUCAGCAUAAGAAGCCAAACACACCAGAUUGUCACUGGAGGGAAAAUACUAAGUGAGAAAAACAUUCAGGAAUCAGAACUUUAACAUGUUAAAGUUAGUGCUAAACAUUGUCGUAUUGGAUCUGAAACUAUCCUAAUAUGUAAUCAUAAAACUUGACUUUUGCAUUGGAACUAUGCUUUCAUGAAUAAGGCAUAUGCCAGGGGUUUGUAAUUGUAAUUCCAAUUUAAUCCCAAUUGUAAUUGUAAUCCCAAUUACAGUCCCCAAGAUUGUAUUUGAUAUCACUUAUCUGAGAAGUAAUGUGACACCUUUCUUUUGUUGUUACAUUAAGCUGAAAACAUAAUACUCAUAGACAACUAACAGUUUGCUUAUCAGGCACAUCAACUAAGGCACCUCCCCCAUGCUAAGCUCCUGGGUAUAUGGAAGUUGCUUGUUUCCCAGUUUAAAAACUUGAACUAAUAUUACCUAAGAAAACCUGAGCCCAUAUUGUUUUUAUUUUACUUAGCUAGAAUCUCUUAGCAUGUUAAAGUCAUAUCCUUAUCCUCACUAACAAUAAUUAUGUCUAUGUAAGAGGAAUAUUGUAUGUAGGAGCUGUAUUAAAUACUGUUAUAGUUAUUACAGAAUCUUUAAAUAAAUGGACAUGGACCAACCUUCCAUCUAGUAGUGUACAAUCUAUAUAGUGCAUGUCAGUAGCACAAAAUGCAGUCUUAUUUAGCCUGCUAAUCUGACUAGUUCACUCAAAAGUACUUUUUUCUGUUAAUUAGCUAUUGUUUUUAGAUCUAGUUAAUAGGUUCUAUUUAAUUUACUGCAAUGUUUACUGAAUGGCGGAGUGAAAGAACUAAUGCAUAUGGGGAAAUAUGCCAUUUUUUAAAAAAAGAUAAUGUUACAUUAGGAAAAGAACACUUUUAAGGAAUUUAAUACAGUGAUGAAUGGAGUAUAUAUCAGAUACACCAAACUGCUGAUGGUAUUUAAAUGUGACUUCAAGUUAGUAUAUCUGUAUAAUAUUAUUAAUUACUGGUUUUAGACAUUUAAGUCUGUUCUGAUCUACAGUUCACAUAUAGACAGUUGCUCUGGUAAUAAUAGAAUGUUAGUGAUGAUCACUUGAUGGAUGUUGAUUAAGUGCCUGUGUUUUGUUUUGUUUCCUCCUCUGGAUAACAAAUAGGUGUAUGCUACUUUUUUGGUGAACUUGUUUCUUGAAAGAUUUGGCUAUGCUAGUCAGGGUUUUUAUUCAUAUGUUUUUCUUCGUAGCAGGCCACUACUACCAUAUUAAAGCAAAAUUUAACUUUUGUUGAAUCAGCUAAUUCAGGUAAUCCAAAUAUUUGUGGAAAAACAUCUGGAUAAUUUAUUGAACACAUUAGUAUUGUGUAGACAGUUUUGAUCAUUCCCAUUGCAUAGGUGUUAAUUGUGGAAUAGUCAACUUAAUAUAGAUUCACUUUUAAUUUGCAUGUGUAAAUUAAUACUCAAUAAAAUGUUUUUCAUUUAUUUUUCAA